GCAGUCCAUUUUUUCUUGUUUGUUGCUUUUCACAGGCUAUUGAAGUGAGGCCAAAACUCAAAAGUCCAACCAAUGACUUAUUCCUCAGGUUCAGAUCUCUGUACUCUUGCACAUUUGCAGGAUGGCGUACUGGGAAACAAUUUGAUCAACUUUUUUCCGUUUCAAUGCAAAUUGCUCAACCUUGUCCUUUUCUUCAUAUACUAAGGCUUCAUUUGGAUGGGGAGAAAAGGACAGAAAAGAAAAUAUAUGAGGGAAAGUCUUAUCAUUUCAUUUUGGGAGUUUUAACAAGGAUGGAAGAGAAGCGAAAUGAACAGAUAAAAGUCACUCUAAUUGGUGAAAAUUUUUCUACCCAAAAUUGGCAAGAAAAGGACGGAAACUUGUUGGGCACCAAAAAAUAUUUUUAAUAUGACAAUUUUAUCCUUUAAAAGUUGAUACAAAAAUUCAUUAUUUCCAAUAUAUCCUAAAGUUGAUUUGUAAAAACACCGAUGUGCAAAGCUUUCUCAAUCCUAUACUUUCAAUACUUCAAACUAGUUGAAUUCACUUGGCUUUCUUCCGUUCUUCACUCACAAUUCAAUAACAAAAGGAGCUGCUUGCAGGCAUAAAGUUCUCAACAUCUUUGGGAAAACAAAUUAAGUAGACCAAGUACCUCAAAGAACUAUAAAGUCACAUUCAGUCUCAUAGGCAGAUCAGAGAUGGCAGAAUUGUUUAAUAAGCAGGCUAAACAGUACUCGGAAAGCCGGCCAACUUACCCAGAGGAGCUGUUCCAGUUCAUUGCAUCCAAGACACCGUGCCAUGACCUCGCUUGGGAUGUAGGCACCGGCAGUGGCCAGGCUGCAAGAACUUUGGCUGGGAUAUACAAGAACGUGGUAGCCACAGACACGAGCCCGAAGCAACUGGAAUUUGCACUCAAGCUUCCCAACAUUAGAUAUCAAUGUACGCCUCCUAAGAUGUCUAUUGCUGAGCUUGAGCAAAAUGUCUCGGUAGAAUCAAGUGUUGAUUUAGUGACAAGUGCUGCAGCUAUGCACUGGUUUGAUCUUCCAACUUUCUACCAGCAAGUGAAAUGGAUACUGAAAAAGCCUGAUGGAGUAAUUGCAGCAUGGUCCUACGCUAAGGCGGAGAUCAACGCUGCCAGUGCUAACACUCUUCUCCAAAUGCUAUACGAUAAUUGUGAUCCUUACUGUGAUCCACGAGCCAGAUAUUUCGUACAUGACAGGUAUAGAACCAUUGAUUUCCCAUUUCAGCCAGUUGAUGGGCUUGAGCACACUGGACCAUUUGAAUUCAAAACGGAACGCUUGAUGGAUUUAGAUGACUGCUUCACAUUCAUAAAGUCAUGGUCACCAUACCAAACUGCAAAAGAUGCAGGAGUUGAACUCUUGAGUGAUGAUGUGGUUCAGGACUUCACCCGUGCUUGGCAUGAAGAUGCCAAUCCCAAGAAAGUUGCUACUUUUCCUAUCAGCCUAAAGGUUGGAAAAGUUGGGAACUAGAACAAGUGAAGGCUUUGCAGGUUCGUUUGGAUGAAACUUCCCAUUUCCUACUGAUUGAGUUCUGUAUCAAACAUCAAUCCACUAGCUCAUAAUUACAUUAUGUAGGCUUAAUUCGCAAUAAUUAUUGUAAGAAGGUGAAUUUAUAGCCUCUUAAGCGACCUAUAUUCUUUGUCAAACAUUACAUAUAUUAAUUUGCUGGGAAACUUAUUAGAGCUGAAGUUAAUAAAAUAUGCAGCCGGAUGGAAGUCUCUGAACGAA